CACUCGCCUUGCUUCAUCAUCGCAUCGUUCUCUCCCGUUCCCCUGUCCAUGCGUCAGCGCCAAGUGCUUCAAUCCCUCGAGUGCUGAGCGUUGGUAAUUCCUAAUGUCGACGCAGAUGGAGGCGGGAGAGGAUGGAUUACAGCCGUUGAUUCCAGGCCUCCUCGACGAUCUAGCGAUCAUGUGCCUCAUUCGCGUGCCACGUGCCUACCACAGGGCCCUCCGCCUGGUGUGCCGCCCGUGGGCGCAGCUGCUGGACUCGGGGGAGCUGUGCCGGCGGCGGCGGCAGUGCGGGGUGGCGGAGGCGUGGGUGUACGUGCGCACGCGCGACGGCGCGUACCGCAACUACUGGCGCGCGUUCGACACCACCACGCGCACGUGGCACGCGCUGCCGCCCCUGCCGCCGCUGCUGCUGCCGGGGGAGAGUGUCGGCGGAGCAGAGAACGCCAUGCAGGUGCGCGGGCUGGGGUCGGCGGCAGUGGGCGGCAAGCUGUACGUGUUUGGGGGGUGGCGGGAGGGCGGGCCGGCGCUGCAGUGCACGUGGUGCUACGACCCGUGCACGGACCGCUGGCAGCGCCGUGCCGACAUGGGCACUGCCAGGUGCUACAUGGCGUCUGGCGUGCUGCCCGCUGGGAGGGGUGCUGAUGGUGGUGGUGGGAGAGGAUGGAGACUGGGGGGAACAGAAGGAGAGGGGGGAGGUGGAGAUGGGACAGGAAGAGGAGGAGGAGGAUGGGGAGGGGGAGGGGGAGGGGUAGAAGGAGAAGGUAUGGUAAGCCCCACUCAAGCUGAGUUUGACAGCGCAGCCACCACGCCCAGGAGCAGAAGCAGAAGCGCCACAACUGCUACUGGCGGCGGUGGCGAUGGCGGUGUGAUCCUCGUGGCGGGCGGCAUGGUUCGUCCACGUCUGCACCCUAGCGAGCUGCUGGUGGCGGCAGAGCAGUACGACGUGGCGCGGGACGAGUGGACGGCGCUGCCGCCCAUGCCGCAGCCCAUGCUGUUCUCGUCAGGCGUCACCCUGGCAGGAAGGUUCCUGGUCAGCGGCAACUUCACUGAUGAAGGACAGUGGGGAGCGGUGUACUCGCCCCCCACGCGGCAGUGGCACCCCAUAGCGCACCGGUCGCUGGCCACGUCGCUGCUCUCCCCCUGUGCGGCCCUUGCCGACCUGCUCUUCUGCAUCAAGGACGCGCUGCAGGUGUGGAACCCCUGGCGCGGCGACUGGGACCUGGUGGAGGGUGAGGCACGCAUCUUCACGGACACCCGCUUCCCCUGCUGGGUGUGCUGCAUGGCGUUUGUGGGGCGCCGCCUCUUCCUCGUGCACCAGAACUCCUCCAUCACUGCCGUCACACUCGAGCUGCACCACCCCUCUCCGCGUGCUCCCACUUCUGCUGCUCCUCUGGCUGCUGGCGGUUCUGCUAGUGAUUCUCUUCCUCCUACUCCAACUCGCCCUGGGUCCGCUAGUGGUGGCUUGGAUGAUAGUCCAGAUGCGGUGAAUGCUGCUUCUGCUUCUUCAGGUUCUGUGGCAGCUGGAGUGGGGGGUACGGAACAAAUGGGCGCAGGAAGUGUGGUAGAGGCUGCAGUAGAGACACCCGCUACUGCUGCUGCUAUUGGUGGUGCCGCUGCUGGUGCUGGCGAUGCUGGUGACAGGAGGGAGGCAGACGAGAGAUCAGCAAGAGGCAGGGAAGCAGGAGCAGCGAGGGAAGCAGGAGCAGAGAGGGAAGCAACAGCAGCGAGGGAAGAAGCAGCAGCGAGGGAAGCAGCAGCAGCGAGGGAAGCAGUGGCAGCACGAGAAGCAGCAGCGGAGAGGGCUAUGAGGGAGGUGGCGGAGGCAGUGGCAGCAGCAGAGGCGGUGGGAGUGCCAUCCGCAGUGGCCCCUGCAGCCGGGCACGUGGCAGGGCAGAUCUCCCACGCCCUGGCUGCUGGCGCACGCACACGGCAUGAGGGAGGAGAGGGGGCAGGAGAGCGUGUAAGAGGGGGUGCGGGGGAGGGACUUCAGGAAGCUGGAGGGGAGCCAAGGGACGUGCUGGUGAGUCCUGCGGGUCGAGGGCCUGGGGAGUGGGGGAGAGGUGGUCUUGGAGGAGAGCAGAGUGCACUGCUUUCAGUGCAGGGGAGUGAGGGCGAGGGAGGAGGUGCGGAGGGUUGGUGGGGGGAGAAGCCAUGGCGGUUUGGGGGGAGGGGAAGGGGGAGGGCGCAGCAGGUGGAGGUGAGAGUGGAGGAGGUGGUGAGAGUGAGUGAGGGGGUGGCUGCCGACGACGAGCAGGCCAUAGACUGUUAUGUACUGGAGGCAUAGCAGGCAUAACAAGCAUGCACACGUGCUCGUGGGGGAGGAUGAAACUAGCAGAGGCAGGCCAUGGUGCUGCUGUGCAACGGGCAUGCGAGGUUGCUGGCCGUGGCAUUGUUUCUGGCGAUUGAUAUGGCACCCCUACGCACAGGCAAAAGCGUUGUGUGUUCUGUUGUAUGGAAUGCUCUAUAUUAGGUUAUGUUUGGGCAGUCAUUUGCCGUUCCAUGUCGAUCCACUUGUGUAGGUAAUCGUGGCCCAAGACUAGUGUACCAUGAACAUACCAUGUAUAGCAUGAAACAUACAGGAUUUCAGACAGUUGUCUGAAGCAGUCGAUUUAUU